CUUCCACGCUCCAGUCCAACCAUGAAUUCUGCAGACCGAUUUAGUUCACAUUUCUCAGUCUCAUCAUUUGGUCAAGAUAUGUCGAUCCUCUUUGCUUUCGACUGUGAUCACACCCUCACCAAUGAGGAUUUAGAUGUAGCUGUGUCUAAAUUAGGGGUGCAACCUCUCCCCCCGGAAAUUUGGGCCCUUUGCGACGGUCACUACUGGACGGAAGGCACGAACGCCUUAUUUCGUCACCUGCACUCGCAAAAAUUGGGUCUAGAUGCUAUUGCUGACCGAAUCAAGGAAAUCCAACUUGUCAAUGGAAUGUCACAACUGAUUUCAUCCCUUAUUCGCAAAGGAAAAGCUCACACAACCGUCAUUUCCGACGCUAACGAUUUUGGAAUUUCACGAAUUCUUACCCAACUUAUUGGAGAUGAAGAAGCCUCAAAAAUUCCGAUUCUGACGAAUAAAUCCUACAUUACGGAAAGUGGGUGUCUUCAAAUUGCUCCAUUUCAUUGGCAGAAGGACUGCAUUUUCUGUCCCCCAAACCUCUGCAAAUGGAAAGCUCUCUCACUCUACGUACAGGAACACGGUCCUUUUGACAGAAUUGUGUACGUAGGUGACGGAAAGAACGACAUUUGUCCCGUAACCAGAUUGUCCAAGACUGAUAUUGUUUUUGCCCGGAAGGGGUUCGAUCUCCAAAGAAUUAUUUUGGCCGGUGAAAAGAACGGGGUGAAAGUGAAAGUGGAGGCGAAUGUAAAAUUUUGGAGCGAUGGAUUUGAUAUUUUAAAACAAAAUGAUUUAUUUAAUAAAACUGAAUGAAAUUUACAGAAUAAUAA